AUGGGCAACUCCCACUCCCACCCCUCCUCCCCCUCCUCCUCAAAAUUCUCCCUCCGCAAACCCUCAAAAUCAUCACGCACCUCCUCCCUCUCCACAACAAAUUCAUCCACCUCUUCCAAUUCCACACCAUCACCAUCCCGCAUCCACACGCGUCACUCCUCAACCUCCUCGUCCACACCCUCAAAUACCCCGUCAUCUCCAAGCACAUCCACCCCAGAUGCUACGCCCGUAACACCAAUCCGCUUCGGGUACCCUUACUACGACGAAGUAAUGCUCGCGUCGCAACAGACGAAACGGCAGAAGAGCAUGUCGUUGAGUAAGAAGGUGUCGAUUCGGGGGAGGGGGAGGGGAGGGAGUGGGAGUAGUGGACGGAGGAGUUUUUAA